GGGGCGGAGGUGAGGCUGUCGCUUUAAGAAGUUGUUGCAUGGAGGAGAAGCUGGUGAUUUUCCACUCAAACUGAUAUUAAACUGUUUCCCUCCGCGUUAAAAGGAGGAAGAACAGGCGGCUUCGGUAAAGCGAGGACAGCAUGGCACAAAAAGAGAAGCUCCAAUGCCUGAAGGACUUUCACAAGGACACCCUGAAGCCGUCGCCGGGGAAGAGUCCGGGCACGCGGCCCGAGGACGAGGCCGAAGGAAAAGCCCCCCAGAGGGAGAAGUGGGCCAGCAAGCUCGACUUCGUCCUGUCGGUGGCCGGAGGCUUCGUCGGAUUGGGAAACGUCUGGCGGUUUCCUUACCUUUGUUAUAAAAACGGUGGAGGUGCGUUUCUCAUCCCUUACUUCAUCUUCCUGUUCGGCGGCGGCCUGCCGGUCUUCUUCCUGGAGGUGGCGCUGGGCCAGUACACCUCCGAGGGGGGCAUCACCUGCUGGGCCAAGCUGUGCCCCAUCUUCACGGGUAUCGGCUACGCCUCCGUGGUGAUCGUGUCCCUGCUGAACGUGUACUACGUGGUGAUCCUGGCCUGGGGGCUCUACUACCUGUUCCAGUGCUUCCAGCCGGAGCUCCCCUGGGCCAAGUGCAAGCAGCCCUGGAACACGGAAUUCUGCGUGGAGGACACGGUCCGCCGAAACAAGACCUUGUGGCUCGCCGCCAACAUCACCAACUUUACCUCCCCUGUCACCGAGUUCUGGGAACGCAACGUCCUGAGCAUCUCGUCCGGGAUCGAGGACAUCGGGAUCGUGAAGUGGGACCUGGCCCUGUGUCUCCUGGCCGUCUGGGUCAUCUGCUUCUUCUGCAUCUGGAAGGGAGUCAAGUCCACGGGGAAAGUGGUGUACGUAACGGCAACCUUCCCCUUUGUGAUGCUAAUCGUGCUGUUGGUGCGAGGAGUGACGCUGCCCGGGGCAUCCGAAGGCAUCAAAUUCUACCUUUACCCCAACCUGACUCGCCUGCAGGACCCUGAGGUGUGGAUCGAUGCGGGAACCCAGAUUUUCUUCUCCUACGCCAUUUGCCUGGGAGCCAUGACAUCGCUGGGGAGCUACAACAAGUACAAAUACAACUGCUACAGGGACUGUUUGCUGCUGGGAGGCCUCAACAGCGGUACCAGCUUUGUGUCUGGCUUCGCAAUAUUUUCCGUCCUGGGCUUCAUGGCACAAGAACAAGGGGUGGACAUUGCCGAUGUGGCAGAGUCAGGUCCCGGUCUGGCCUUCAUCGCCUACCCCAAAGCCGUGUCCAUGAUGCCGAUGCCGACCCUCUGGGCCGUCCUCUUCUUCAUCAUGCUGCUGCUGCUGGGCCUCGACAGCCAGUUUGUUGAAGUGGAAGGACAGAUCACCUCCAUUGUGGAUCUGUACCCGGAGGUCCUGCGGAAGGGCUACCGCCGGGAGAUGUUCAUCGCGUUCAUGUGCUCCAUGAGCUAUCUGCUGGGGCUCGCCAUGGUAACCAAAGGCGGCAUGUACGUGUUUCAACUCUUCGACUACUACGCCGCCAGCGGUGUGUGCCUUCUGUGGGUGGCGUUCUUUGAAUGCAUCGCUGUAGCCUGGGUUUAUGGCGUGGAUAAUUUCUACGAUGGCGUCGAGGACAUGAUCGGCUACAGACCCAACGCGUGGAUGAAAUUGAGCUGGACCUGGAUCACUCCCAUCCUCUGCAUGGGCUGCUUCGUCUUCUCCCUGGUGAAGUACAAGCCGUUGACCUACAACAAGGUGUACGAGUACCCCGACUGGGCCAUCGGUAUCGGCUGGGUUUUGGCCCUGUCCUCCAUGAUCUGCAUCCCCAUGGUGAUGGUCAUCAAGAUCCUACAGUCAGAGGGAUCCCUGGUCGAGAGGAUAAAAGCAGUGGCGGCGCCGGCGAAGUCGGGCGUGAGCUCCCGCCCGAAAGAGUACGACGUGAAGGGCGAAGAGCCGACGCUGCCCCUGAACCCCAACGGGAACAGCGGCUCGGCGAAGCCCACCCACACCAUCGUGGAAACGACGAUGUGAGCGCUCUCUGUGAGAGGAAUACGAUCGAUGUGCUUUUCCGCGUUAUCAUGUCCGCUAACGGAAGGUUCCCAUCAGCAAAUAUGUUCACGUCGGAGAUACUCUGGUUUGAUUUCUACGAAGAGUUAUAUAAUAUUGUUGUAAUGUUUUUUUUUAUUUUUUUGCUAUAUUGAUAUUGUUGAUAUUACAAUUAUUAUUGCUGUAGUUGGCACUGAUCUCAGUCUUUUAGUAUUUUGAGAUAGAAAAUAUUCAAUGUUUACUACGAUUCUGUUGAUUCCGGAGAAGAGAUGAGGAAUUUGCUUUUUUUUUUUGUUGUUGUUGUGUAAUAGAAGAAAUUCUUAUUUCACAUAAAUGUACUAAACUAAACGAGCAAUUAACCGCGUAAAAGGUAGACGACGUCUCGACACCUUUGCGUGAUUGUCGUUGCCUGCGCUAACUACUAAUUUGUUGUUGUUGUUGGUGGUGGUCCCCCCCCCCCCUGCAGUGAAAAUGAAUGUAUGCGAGCCGCCCGCGUCUCUCAGAGUAAGAAUCUGUAACAGGUUGAGUGGAAAAGAGUUCAUCUUUGCUUGACAUCCCUUUAAGUAACUCGUUGAAUGAGGCCUUGGCCAAAUACUGUGAGAAAUGCGUCCAUCCAAAAUGAGAUCCAUCCUCAGAAACCAGAAAAAGAAGAAGUACGGAGAAAAGGGAAGUGGCAUUUUUAGAGUAUUUGUACACAGCCUGCGUGACUACUAUAGUCAGUCCCAGUGCAUUUAUUGAAACCUCUCUUUGCACUUUAUAUGUUGUUCCACCUUUUAUUGUAGUAUUUGUUUUGAUUGUCGGAGGCUAUGCGGAGUUGCAUUUGCAGCACAUUUGAGGAGGAAAUAUUUUUAGUUUCUAACUUUUUGAUAUUGUGAACUUUGAUAUACAGUAUCUAGUUGUCUACGUGCUUGGACAAUGACGAAAUGGAGUAGAAAUCAAAUGUUCUUAGGAGAAUCUGAGUAGAUCACUUUAAAAGUAAAAACAUUUUUCUGAACAUCUAUAGCAGAUGCGCUCUGCAGAACUACCACUGGAUUCUAGUUUCUUAUGUUCGGUUUAGGGAUUUAUAAUGUAGAAUUUGAAUUGUUUGUAAAUCACAUAUGCCUUUUUGUAACAAUUUUAUACUGUACAUCACGUGAACACCAUCACCACUUUACUAAAUACUAAUUACGAGCCAGGAUUUUUCAGCGUGUAUUAUUCAUUGAAGCAAUGAUGGCACCCUCCGCUCGCUCAAUGCACCAUCAACUUUAGAAUAUUGUUCAAUAAUUCAUCAACUUGCACAGAAAAUUCUGAAGCAUGUGCAGUAGCCACCACGGCGCCGCGCUGCUUUGUCUGUUCAAAUCUUGGGGAUUCAAGUGUACCAAAGUAUUUCUUGCACAGUCGCCCCCUUUGAGAUGCACAUUGCAUCAUUUCUUAUAGAUUCAUAUAGAUUACAAAUAAACAUUUGUCUCUUUG